AAGGGGCUUGUCUGUGUCGUUCCUCAGUCGCCACAUCAAGUGUCUCACUUACUCACGCGAUUGUAAGGUUUCCUCAAUCUCUAGAAAAAUAGAAUUCACACGGAGACAAGCCCAUAUCGAGUCUUGAGAGUCUCACAAAGUCUUCAGCCAUCGUGGAGAGCAGAAGUGCCCGACAAUGCAGCAAUAUCCGGAAACGUUCACCAACAACAUUCGGGAGAAUCCCGAUGUGUCCAUUGUUGGUGGUGGGCUCGUGGGCUCCUUGCUAGCCCUGCACCUGGGCAAGAAGGGCUAUCAGGUGCAUCUGUACGAGUUCCGUGACGACGUCCGGACGACUGAGUUGAUUGGCGGCAGGAGUAUCAAUCUGGCGUUGUCCGUUCGAGGAAGAAAAGCUCUGGCGGCGGUUGGUCUGGAAGAUGUAAUUCUGAAACACGCAAUCCCGAUGCGUGGCCGGAUGAUCCAUGAUCUCAACGGCAAGCGCCGAAUUGUGCCCUACGAUAAGACGAAGAAUCAGUGCAUUUAUUCCGUGGGUCGCAAAUAUUUAAAUGAGGUCCUUUUAAACGCUUCUGAGCGCUAUCCAAAUAUACAUCUGAAUUUCAACCAUAAACUAAUGGACAUGCGUGUAGAGGAAACUCAGAUGACUUUUAAAAAUCCAAAGACCGAUGAAGUUAAGGAAGUCGCAACGGACAUGAUCAUUGGCUGCGACGGAGCCUUUUCGGCGGUUCGACGCCACAUGAUUUCACGCCCGGGCUUCGAUUUCAGUCAAACCUACAUCGAACACGGCUACUUGGAGCUCUGUAUUCCGCCCACGGCUUCCGGAGACUUUGCCAUGCCUCACAAUUUCCUGCACAUUUGGCCUCGCGGGAAGUUCAUGAUGAUUGCGCUGCCUAAUCAGGAUAAAUCCUGGACAGUGACGCUGUUCAUGCCGUUUGAGAACUUCGAUAUGCUUCAAACUCCGAAGGAUCUGCUGGAUUUCUUCGGGACGCAUUUUGCAGAUUCCAUUCAGCUUAUUGGGAAGGAAAGACUCAUAAAGGACUUCUUCAAGAUCAAACCACAAACUCUAGUGAUGAUCAAAUGUCGUCCUUAUCACAUUUCCAACAAUGUCCUACUCAUGGGCGACGCUGCUCACGCCAUGGUGCCCUUUUACGGCCAAGGGAUGAAUGCUGGCUUCGAGGAUUGCUCCAUUCUCAGUGAAAUCCUGGACCGAUCGCCCAAUAUGGACUUCUACUCGGCCAUCAGGGAGUUCUCAGCGAAGCGCUGGGAAGACGCUUUUGCCAUCUGCGAUCUCGCCAUGUACAACUACGUCGAGAUGCGCGACCUGGUGAACCGCAGGAGUUACCUGUGGCGCAAGAAACUCGAUGACUUCCUCUUCUGGUUCAUGCCCAACACUUGGAUGCCGCUGUACAACACCGUGUCCUUCUCCCACAUGCCCUAUCGCAAGUGCAUCGAGAACCGCGAGUGGCAGAACAGAGUCCUCAAUUGGUCUAUGGUGUCCUUAGCAGGAGCAGGACUCGCUGCAGUGGCCAGUGGAGUGGCUAAGGCGGUUUGGUACCCGUAAAACUCCACGUAAACACUGGGAGAAGUUAAAGCUUUUAAUACAAUCCAUGCAAUCUCUAAUAAACAAAAAAUCUGGGUGAAUGUGCGUCUUCACUAAGCUUUUAAUUUUUACAACCCUCAUAAAUAAUUUGUACAACAAGGUAUUCAACUUUGCUCAACUGUGUCAACAAGCAGUUUAUUGUCCAAAAAAGUUCAGAAACAAUACGUGAAAGAUAAUAAUUUAUUC